AUGCAACUCGUAAAAGACUUGAAGGAUAUCACUGUGGGUAAGAGUGCAGUCACUACUGGGUCCGUCUUUGGAGGUGCUAGCGUCUAUGUGGAUGAUGUGGCACUCAUGCAUGUCAAAGCACUCAAUUGUAGAGUCCCUCUUAGUAAUUCAGGUUACGAAGCCGGCACUGUGUGGCAGGACGCGACGACUAUUGUGGCUGAAUCUUUCCCUAAGGCAGUCGCCAAAGGACUCCUACCUAAUGAUGGACUUCAGCCAACUAAAGAGUUCAGGAUCGACGCAAAGACGACUGAGGAAGUGAUGUGA